AUGGAUUUGAAGGUGCUACAAGAGAAUCUGAAGAAAUCCGAGGAAACCGUCGCCGAAGUCGCUCAAUUUGUGAAGGAACGAUUGUCAGUGGAAGAUGAAUAUGUUAAAGCAAUUAAUCGGACCGUGCAUAAGGUGUCAAAUUUCAUCCAAAACGGGUCGAAUAUCGAUGCGAUGUGGCAGUUGACCAAGGGAACGAUGGAAUUAAUGGCUGAAAUCCACGUGAUGCUUGUCAAAAACCUACAAGAUCUUUCGAGAGAAGUACUAAAAUAUAAGGAUGACGUGAAUAAGACACGCAAAGAAUUGAAACAACCACAAGUCGCCGAGGCGGUGAAUUUGAUGCAAACGACGACGACGUGUCUUCAAAAAGCGAAAGAAACAUAUCAGCAUAGGUGUCAAGAGCUGGAAAAAGCGAAGAAAGAGACGAAUGUAAAUGUUAAGGAAAUAAGCAAGAUCGAAUUAAAAAUCGCUCGAGCACGUGACGAAUACAAAAGCUACGUGGAGAAGUAUGAGGUCGUUCGUGAGGAUUUUGAGACGAAAAUGAGCGAUUCGUGCAAGAAAUUUCAGACUUUCGAUCGAUCCCUCUACGCCUCGAUUCAACAAUUUAUUCUACUCUACGCGAAUCAUUCGACUGAAAUGUCGUCUGCUAGUUUUCAAGUCGCCGAACAGUUUCGGGAAUCAAUUCAACAUUUGAAUGCUGAUGAAUUUGUGAGAAAAUUCAUCAAGAGCAAAUCAACGGGCUCGGAAAAGCCACCUCAUGUCUUAUUCGAGGAAUCGGAAAAUGGCAGUGGCAGUGGAAUGGCUUCUUCCUCAUCAGCAAUGAAUCUGAAUCCGAUUCGGGAUUUAGUGGAUAUUAUGUCAGGCAACUCUAUGCCCUCAUCGUGUUCGUCAUCUGGAAUCCUACAAGACCAAGCACCUCCGCCUCAACCGAUUACUGUAGAUCUUCUAAUGAUGGAUCCAAUUGGGGAGGGAAUCGCUGUGGAUUCCUCUCUCAGCUCCACUCUAAAUUCCACGUCACUUAUUAACACGUCUUCUGGAGAAUUGAAUAAUAUCAAAAAAUCAUCUGAAGACCUAUCCACGUCAUCGACGCUCACUGAUAACAAAGCGCCGAAGAAAUUCUCGAUAUUCACUGCGAAGCGGAGAACGAAAACGGUGUCGACGAGUUCGAUCGAUGAGACACCGACGACUGCUGAGCCGUUCUCCGCGUCUGGAUUAUUCAAAUUCACUCGAGAGAAACGGAGAUCGAAAAAGGAGAAUGAGAGCAAUUUGAGGGCUUCUGUUUGCAUGGACGAUACGCAUAGCACUGCCAGCAGUUCCCGAAGUGACGACAAAAUGCUCAAUGGCUCAAGCUCCGCCCACCCAUCGCAUUCUCUUCUCGACGCGCCGAUCGACGAAAAACAAUCGGAUCUUCCAGUAAUUGACGAUGAGGGAUAUAUAAUUAGGUCAACUGAAAAUCAGCUGGAUUCGAAUAAUCCAACGGCGUGGUCAUCGUGUUCGUCGGAUGAAGAAGAGGACGAAGACGAACUACAAAAAUCGAGAAUACGAAAAAUGACGAUUUCUGAUCGACCUGUUCAUAUUAAUGCGUCGGUUGACGAGUUGAGAGAUGCUAUCGGAAGUAUCACGCUGACGAGGAGUACCACUUUUGAAAGGGAUCCAUGGACAAUCGGCGGCUCCAAAGCUCCGCCCCUUUUCUCCCAAUCAAUGAAUGCGUCUUCUCUCCGACAACCCCUCCGAUCCCAUCAUACUGCUGAUGGUCGGUUUAGAACCAAUUUUAGUGAAUCCGAUGAUCCUCCCGCGUUCUCCGUCUCCAUGGGUCAUAAUCAGUCGAUUGCCGCCGGAAUUGCUCGUGCUCGACCGAGAAGUAACACACCGACGACAAGUCAGUUGAUGAGUCGAAAAGACUCGGCGAGCAGUUUCAUGGAUCCAUGGAGUAGUACUUUCAAUUUGGCGCCGAGUGAAUCUAAUCAUUCGUUAGGGGAAUCCACGUUCAAUUUGUCACAAUCGACAGGGAACUUGUUGCAGGCGACAAUAUCCGAGCAACGCAUCCCAGUGGCGAUGGCAAUCAACGAGCACGUGCAUGUUUGGUUCAAAAAAGGAGCCGAUGAGUUCGUGCAACGUACAUUCGGAACAGUGAUGAUCUCCUUCCCAACGUCUUCAAUCAGUCUUCUGACCUCAAUUCAACACGAAAUUGAGCCUCUCGCUUUCCGUCUCUCCAAUUCUCAUUACAUCAAAUCGGUUCUGCCUAAUAAGCAGCUCAUCGACGAGUCGCUUAGCCGAAAAGACGAUGAGACGUGUACUUUCUAUUUCAAUAAACUCCAGCUUGCCACGUGGCUUCAAACACAAAAAAUCGCGAAACCCGAAGCGGCGUUUGUGAAUGCAGAGGUGGCGAGAUAUGAAAUGGACCCGACGGCGCCGUGUAACUCCGUACCGCCCUUGUUUUUGACAGCUUAUUGGAAAUUUGAGCCAAGUCACACUGAUCUCCGUGUGGACUACCGCUUGAACUCGGACUCCCCGGUGACUGCGCCGCUUCUGAAUGUGAAUUUUAAUACGAAUCUCACUGGAAGUAUCGAUUCGGUGAUGUGUGAUCCGGAGGGAAAAUGGGCGGCCGAUAGUCCGUCACUUGGAUGGAAUUUGUUGGAAAUUUCGAGGAAUGGAGAUGUUCACGGAUCGCUCAAAGCCAGGAUUUUUAUGAAGAAUUCUGGGGACGAAGUGAGUCUGGAGAUGUUAGAUCGAAAGCCGGCGCAAGUGUUUGUUCAAUUCCAGUGCCAUGAAGCUAAUCUUUCCGGUGUGGAGGUGUCUCUGGUGCAAUCGGAUAUUUAUCAUUUGUCGAUGAUUCGCAAGAAAUUACUAGCUGGAAAAUAUUUUUGGUACCCAUAUUAUGGGCUAUUGAACAGCUUGGAACUAAAGAAUUUGACAGAAGCUUCCACACUUGGAAUCUUAUCUUCAUACACACAAAUCAACAACAAAAUGACUGAGUACGGUUGCCAGGUCACCAACAAGUUCGGACUUCCAUCCGACGACGACGAUGAGUAUGACGACCCAAGAGAGCUCAUCCAAAAGGUGUCUCUAAUCGCCGCCAAGAAGAAGGAGGAAAAGUUAGUGAAGCCCGCCCAGCCGACCAAGCCAGUCGCUGCUCCAGCUGCCGCUGUCACCAAGACCGACGGAGCCGGACGUGGAGCACGCGGAGGACGUGGUCGUGGACGCGGGGGAGCCGGCCGCCCACCACGUGAGGGUGGAGAUCGUGUCUCCAACGAAAAUGGUGAUCGCUCCGGCGAAUCCCGUCGUGGAGGACCCCGCAGAGGCGGUGAACGUGGAGGAGACCGCGGAGAAAGAGGACGCGGAGCUGCUCGUCCAUCUGGACGUGGAGGCCGCGGAGGAUUCGCUCCUCGCGAGAACCGAGAUGGAGCCGAAGAGCCAAAGGAGCAACACGUCGCUGAUGAUGGAGCCGACACCCGUGCGCCAAGACGUCGCGGUGGAUUCACUCUUGGAGGAGGAUCCAGCGGUGGACGUGGCGGAGCCCGUGGAGGACGUGGACGUCAAUUCGAUCGUCAAUCCGGUUCCGACCGUACCGGAGUUCGCGCUUUCGAGAAGAAGGACGGACACGGAAAAGGAAACUGGGGAGACCAGAAGGACGAGCUCGCUGGAGAGACCGAGAACAUUGCUCCAGAAGCCGAGAACGUUGAGCCAGAGGUUCCACGUGAGAAGACUGCUGAGGAGCUCGCAUACGAGGCCGAGCAAGCCGCUCUUGCCAAGCAAAAGACUCUUAAGGAGUUCAGAGCUGCUCAAGCUGCUGAUGCACCAAAGUUCAACACCAGAAAGGCCGGAGAGGGAGCCGCCGACAACUUCGGAAAGCUCGUUCCAAUGAAGAAGGAGAUCAUCCCAGAUCGUGAAGAAGACGAGGUCGUCGUCAUCCACAAGGCGUCGAGAAAGCAGGUGCUCGACAUCUCGAUUACCUUCCGCAACGAUCGUCCAGAGCGCGAGGAACGCCGCAACGAUCGUGAUCGUUCGGACCGACCACCACGUGGUGGACCAAGAGGAGGCGGACGCGGAGGUCGCGGUGGACCACGUUCCGGAGGACAAGGAGGACGUCAUCAAGCCACUCCAUUCAACGCUUCUGAUGACGCUUUCCCAGCCCUCGGAGCCAAGUAA